AAUUAUUGUACAUAAGAUUAAAAAUGGCAAGAAAUCCCUUGUAUGUUAUUUACUUAAAAGAGAAGACACAUCUUGCAGUUCCCCAUCUAAGACUCAGAGUGUCACUGUUGGCCAAUAUAGUUCUCAUGGAGGAGUGGAGAAUCCACUACGACAUGCUUUUGCCAUUUCAUUGCUCCCGAACAAACUACAGAGCUGGGAAACAGCAGAACACAGGAACAAAACCACUGCAAAGUAUAGAAAUCCAGCAGCAGCUACUGACUUCGUUCAUGAUUCUUUAUGGAACACUUCUACAGAGUGAAUGGGAUUUAAUACUCCUCAAUUUAACUAAUCACAGAAAGAAAGGAUAAAGCACAUUUCUCUGCAAGAAGGAUGGCCAGCAGACAGAAAAACAGCAGCAGAUCCCUAAGAAGGCAAGUACCUCUCCUCUUAUUAUUCUCUCUGUAUGGUCAGAUUGCCUCAGAGCACAUUCAUUAUUCGAUCCCUGAGGAAAUGGAAAAGGGCUCCAUUGUAGGAAACCUGGCCAAAAACCUGAGCCUGAAUAAUAGAGAAAUAGGAAAUGGCAAUCUGCAUAUUCUUUCCCUAGGUAAAAAGCAAUACUUUACACUCAGUGCAGAAAAUGGAAAUCUGUAUGUAAGGGAGAGGAUUGAUAGAGAGGAAUUGUGUGGCCAAACUGCAUUCUGCUCCAUCAAUUUUGAAGUGGUGGUUGGCAGUCCUAUGAAUAUUUUUCAUGUAACUGUAGAGAUCCAAGACAUUAAUGAUAAUGCACCACAUUUUGUAAAUGGGGAUAUCAAGCUGGAGACAAGUGAAUCCUCUUUACCAGGCACCACAUUUCUCCUUGGAGAAGCUGAAGAUCCUGACCUUGGGGUGAAUUCUCUCCAGGAUUACAACCUUAGCACAAAUCCAUACUUUAUUCUGGAAGUGAGAGAAAUAGAAGGCGGAAAGAAAUAUGCAGAAUUAGUAUUGAAUAAACAGUUGGAUCGGGAAAGUGAAAGCAGUUUCCAAUUAAUCCUUAUGGCGGUGGAUGGAGGGAAGCCUGCCAAAACUGGAACAGCAAAAAUAUGGGUCACCGUCAUUGAUGCAAAUGACAACCCACCAGUCUUCACUCAAAAAGUAUACACGCUCAAGCUGAAAGAAAAUGCCCCCAAAGGAUUAUCAGUGGUCCAGGUGAAAGCCACAGAUAGAGAUGACGGUUCUUAUGCUCAGAUCAACUAUAGUUUUAGUAACAUCCCAGAAAUUGCUCGUCAGAAGUUCCACUUGGGUUCACAAGAUGGAACAAUUAUAGUUAAGGAGGCUCUGGACUUUGAGGAAACAGAAGGAUAUGUGAUGGCAGUGGAAGCAAGAGAUGGAGGCGGAUUAGUGGCUCACUGUAAAGUUGAAAUAACACUCCUAGAUGAGAAUGACAAUGCCCCAGAAGUGAUUCUUGCCUCUUUAUCCAGCCCAAUCCCUGAAGACUCUGCAGUAGGAACCCUGGUAGCCCUCUUCAAUGUAAAUGAUAGAGACUCUGGAGAUAAUGGGAAGAUUGCUUGUGACAUACAACACACUUCAGCAUUCAAGAUGGUAUCAGCCUCCAAUAAUUAUUAUAAGCUUCUCACAGAUGCCCCCUUGGACAGAGAAAGAACUCCAGAGUACAAUAUCACAGUCACAGCCACAGACAAAGGCAACCCCCCUCUUUCCACUUACAAAACCAUCACACUGCAGAUCUCAGACAUCAAUGACAACUGCCCUGCCUUUGAGAAACCCUAUUAUACUGCUUAUAUCCCAGAGAACAAUCCUUCAGGCUCCUCCAUUUUCAGGGUCAAAGCCUCCGACCCGGACGUGGGCCAGAAUGCUCAAAUCACCUACUCCAUUCGCAACAGCAUCACUGAGGGGCUGCCUCUUUCAUCCUACCUCUCCAUUAAUUCUGAGACUGGCACUAUCUAUGCUCAGCGCUCCUUUGACUAUGAGCAAAUCAGGGAGUUUCAAGUGGAAGUGAGGGCAGAAGAUGGAGGCUCUCCUCGCCUCAGCAGCAAUGCCACCGUGAGGGUGUGUGUUCUGGACCAGAAUGACCAAAGCCCUCAGAUUCUUUACCCUUCUCAAGGUGUAGAGGGCUCCUCCUUGUUUGAGAUGGUGCCUCGCUCAGCAGGGGAGGGUUAUCUGGUGACGAAGGUGGUGGCUGUGGAUGCUGACUCUGGACACAAUGCUUGGCUCUCCUACUAUCUGCUCCAGGCAACAGAACCUGGGCUGUUCUCAAUUGGUUCCCAUACUGGGGAGAUCAGGACCUCACGGGCUUUUCUGGAAAGAGAUGCUGUGAAGCAGAAGCUGAUCAUCUUAGUCAAGGAUAAUGGGCAGCCACCACUAUCCGCUACUGUGAGUCUCAACCUGGUGUUUGCUGAGAACUUCCAGGAGGCACUCCCAGAAAUUAGCCACCAGCCCAGUGACUCUGAGUAUCAAUCGGAUCUACAGUUCUUCUUGGUGCUGGCCUUAGCUUUGAUCUCCUUCUUAUUCCUCCUGUCAGUGAUUCUGGCCAUUCUCAUGAAGAUUCGGCGAUCAGGGAACCCCAAAUUCCUGCAGUGUUUUGCUCCUGUUCCUCAUUCAAACAACACGGUCAUUUUCCCACCAAACUAUGAAGAAGGAACAUUGCCAUAUUCCUAUCAGUUGUGUUUAUCGUCUGAGUCCAGGAUACAGGAGUUCACCUUUCCAACACCCAAUCUUCAAACCACAGAGAAUAUUUCAUGCAACGCUAAGUCUGAUGUACCUUUGACUGCUAAUGAAGGCAAUAUCCUAAUUUCUGAGAAAACAAUCUCACUACAGAUUUCGGAUAUCAAUGAUAAUGCCCCUUCCUUUCAGAAAUCUUCAUAUGUUAUCUAUGUGCCAGAAAACAAUCCUUCGGGUGCCUCCAUUUUCACCAUCAAAGCCUCUGAUCCCGACGUGGACCAGAACUCACGGAUCACGUACUCCAUCCUCAACAGCAACAUUGAAGAGCUUCCCAUCUCCUCCUAUAUCUCCAUUAAUUCUGAGACCGGCACCAUCUAUGCCCAGAGAUCCUUUGACUAUGAACAAUUCAGAGAGUUCCAGCUGCAAGUGAAGGCCCAAGAUGGGGGUUCUCCCCCUCUCAGCAGCAAUGUGACAGUCACAGUGUUUGUUCUCGAUCGGAAUGAUAACAGCCCUCGUAUCCUGUCCCCCUCACAAGAAGCCAAGGGCUCAUCCUUAUUUGAGAUGGUGCCUCGUUCGGCCGAGGCAGAUUAUCUUGUCACCAAGGUGGUGGCCGUGGAUGCAGAUUCUGGACACAACGCCUGGCUCUCCUACCACCUGACUCAGGCCACUGAGCCGGCACUCUUCACGGUUGGUUCUCAUACUGGAGAGAUCAGGACAGCAAGAGCCUUUGUGGAGAGAGACGCUGUGAAACAGAGACUGGUCAUUAUGGUGAAGGAUAAUGGGCAGCCGUCUCUCUCAGCCACCAUUACUCUGAACCUGGUCUUUGCUGAGAACUUUCAGGAGGCCCUUCCGGAAAUGAAGAGCCAACCCAGCAGCUCAGAGUAUCAGUCUGACCUGCAGUUCUACUUGGUGCUGGCCUUAGCUGUGAUCUCCUUCUUGUUCCUCUUGACUGUGAUUCUGGCUGUUACAAUGAAGCUCCGUCAAUCAGGGCAUCCCAGGUUCCUACAGUGCUUUGGUCCUGUUCCCCAUUCCAAGAAUGGUGCCAUCUUCCCACCCAACUUUGAAGAUGGGACUUUGCCCUAUUCCUACCAGCUGUGUCUCUCUUCUGAGACCAGGAAGAAUGAGUUUGCCUUCCUGACACCAAAUAUACAGAUUGCAGACAAUAUUCUUGGCAGUGAGAAACCUGCUGUGCCUUUUACAAGCAAUGAAGGACACAAUUUACAUCCUGAGAUGCAGAAUAGUGACAAGAUUUCAGAUAUCAAUGAUAACCCCCCAGCUUUUGAAAAAUCUUCCUAUGUCACCUAUUUGUCAGAGAACAAUCCAGCUGGAACUUCCAUUUUCCGUGUAAAGGCUUCAGAUGCAGAUCUAGAGUACAAUUCGCAAAUCACUUAUUCUGUGCUCAAUAGUAAUAUGGAGAACCUGCCUCUGUCCUCUUACAUCUCCAUUAACUCAGAAAAUGGCAUGAUCUAUGCCCAGCGCUCCUUUGACUAUGAGCAAAUCAGGGAGUUUCAGUUCCAAGUGAAAGCCCAAGAUGGUGGCUCCCCACCACUCAGCAGAAACACCACAGUGAAAGUGUUCAUUGUGGAUCAGAAUGAUAACAAUCCUCAAAUCCUCUACCCUUCACAGGAAGUCAAGGGUUCAUCCUUGUUUGAGAUGGUGCCUCGCUCAGCAGAAGAAGAUUAUCUGGUGACCAAGGUGGUGGCAGUAGAUGCUGACUCUGGGCAUAAUGCCUGGCUCUCUUACCACCUGCUUCAGGCUACAGAGCCAGCAUUGUUCAGAAUUGGGUCCCACACUGGGGAGAUCAGGACUUCACGAACUUUUCUGGAAAGAGAUGCUGUGAAGCAGAAGCUCAUCAUCUUGGUCAAGGAUAAUGGGCAGCCACCACUAUCUGCUACCGUGAGUCUCAACCUGGUGUUUGCUGAGAACUUCCAAGAGGCGCUCCCAGAAGUGAGCAGUGAAAGGAGGUUCUGUGACAAUGAGCAUGGAUCCUGA